CUAUAAAUAAUAAUAUAACCUCAUUACACCGUAGUCCUCCGCGGCAGUGCGCGGGUAUGGCGUGCCACUCUUACCGUUCAAGAUCACCGCCGAAUUGCAUCGCAGUCGUAUAUUAUUCUCGCUUGUGCUCUGUCGGUAACGUGUCUGUUCGGCACCGGCUCGCGCGCGCCCCUAUCGGACAGACUCGCGGUUGUUCGCCAGGCGGCCAACCGUCGUCCGCAGACCGCGCAGUGGCAAGAAACGCGUAUUGUGUAUUCCGUCGACCGCGGUCCGUCCGUCAGUCUUAUUUGCGCCGCCGGUCGUUUUCGUCGUUUCUCCGUUUCCGUUCUCGCCGCCGCCGCCGCCGCCGCUGUCGUCGUAAUGCAUUCGGCCGGUUACCCAUGUAAACACAACGGAACGCGAAUAACCGAAUACCGUGAUUAGACUGCAACGAAUAAUAUGUGAUCACAAUCGUGUUUAUUUAUUUACGCUUAAUUCCUAAGAUAAUAUUUAAUCUAUGUUUAAUACUAGAGUUUUCUAUUUUUUCCCUUAAUAAUAAUUAUAUCGUGCCUUUAAACUCCCGCUCCACAAACAAUAUUAUGGACGUGCGAUCAGCGUGAGACGUUUUUAUUUUCGUCAUCCGAUGAACACAUUCGUGCGUGACGGUGCGGUAAUCCGCAAAAGACGAGCUCGUCAGAGUUUGAGUGCGCGCAGCACCGAACCAGAGAGGAAAAAGAUUUACAGGGCACACAACGACGGAGCGACAUCAGCGCGGCGUGACCUUGCGUUAAGUACUCUCCAAAUACAUUCCGGUGAAAGUUCAGUCAACCAAUCGAAGGUUGCAGCUGAGAAGGAAUCCAGAUAUUCAAAUGUUGAAUUUACGCGAGCAAAAGCUUUUUUGUAUUUAAAUUACAAGAAAAUUAGUUCUUCUAACGUUAACAAACUUCUCAAAGAACAUUUAAAGAAAUUUGAUGGAAAUGAAACGCAUUUAAAAAGGACUUUUGAACAAUGUUACGAUUUAACCGGAUCUGUAGAAAAGAGUAAAGCUAUGAUGAAACAACUUGCGACUAACACAUGUUCAAGACUUGAUCUUAUACCUAAUUUAUCUUCAGGAGUUAGUGAAAGGAGGUUAUCCAUUUUGCCAUGUAAAGUUGUCGAAAAAACUGUUAAAAAACACAUAAUAAUUAAGAAUAAAAAAAGUAGGGAUAUCCGUUUAAAAGAAAAUAUUGAUAAUCGAAAUUUAACAAUGUUUGGCAAGGAGAAUUCAUCAACAGAUAAAACAAUUAUAUAUACAACAAAACUUAAUGAUUAUAUCAAAGAACCUAUAAUAGAUUUUGAUUCUGAUUCAACAAUAGUUUCAGAUGAUGAAGAAAUUGGUAAAAGAAGUUGUAUGCUAACUAAAGCUUAUAGCCUACGACCAGACAAGGGUGCUAUUGUCCGCAUAAGUUCUAAUUUAAUUAAAAAUAAUCCUCAAUCAAAUACAAUUUGUGCUAAAAAAUCAAUUUCAACAACUAGUCUAUCAAAAACUUCGGUUCAUAAAAAAUUUAAAAAAGGUUCAAAUAUUUGCGAUACUGGAGAUUCUAAAAUAUCGGCAUCAAAUAUGAAUAAUCUUGAAGAGAUAAAUUCACAACUAAAUACCGACGCAAGCAUUCAAAACGCUGAAAGUUUUGCACUGGAAACGGGUAAUCAUGUUGGACAAAUCAUAAUUCCACAGCUUAAAAUUGACGGAAUUAUUAAAAAUUCCAAAGUCCCUGCAUUUGAAAAAAACGUUGAAGGAGAAAAUACUGUUGCACAUAGAAAUUCUGAAGGUCCAGUAUUGGCUCAGAAUAUUGAUGAUGAAGAAACUCCUCCGUUAGUAAUAGAUGAAUUUGUUGAAAAUGCUGAGAGUACUGUAUUGGAAACCGACGUUGGAGAAAUUAUGGUUUCAAAAUUAAUAACAGAAGAAAAUGUUCAAUCUUCCAAUAGAACCAUAUUGGAAACGAAUACUCUUGUUAGAAAAACUAUAGAUCUAGAAUUAGAAAAAUCUACAAGUUAUCAAGAUUUGGCCAAUUCUCAAAUUGAUACAGAUAUUGAUGAUUCGAAAAAACAAUGUGCAUUGGAAACCGAUGUGGGAGAAGAUAUAGUUCCAAAAUUAAUGGACAAACAUUUUGAAAAUACCCAUAGUACUGCAUUAGAAAUAAACGUUGAAAGAGAAAAUACAGUUCCACAUGAAAAUUCUGAAGAUCCCGUAUUGACUCAGAAUAUUGAUGAUGAAGAAACUCAUCCGUUAGUAAUAGAUGAAUUUGUUGAAAAUGCUGAGAGUACUGUAUUGGAAACCGACGUUGGAGAAAUUAUGGUUUCAAAAUUAAUAACAGAAGAAAAUGUUCAAUCUUCCAAUAGAACCAUAUUGGAAACGAAUACUCUUGUUAGAAAAACUAUAGAUCUAGAAUUAGAAAAAUUUUCAAGUAAUCCAGAUUUGGCCAAUUGUCAAAUUGAAACAAAUAUUGAUGAUUCGAAAAAACAAUCUGCAUUGGAAACCGACGUUGGAGAAGUUAUGGUUCCAAAAUUAAUGGACAAAUAUUUUGAAAAUGCCCAUAGUACUGCAUUAAAAAUAAACGUUGAAGGAGAAAAUACAUUUGCACAUAGAAGUUCUAAAGGUCCAGUAUUGGCUCAGAAUAUUGAUGAUGAAGAUACUCCUCCGUUAGUAAUAGAUGAAUUUGUUGAAAAUGCCGAGAGUACUGUAUUGAAAACUGAUGUUGGAGAAAUUAUGGUUUCAAAAUUAACAACAGAAGAAAAUGUUCAAUCUUCCAAUAGAACCAUAUUGGAAAUGAAUACUCUUGUUGGAAAAAUUAUAGAUCUAGAAUUAGAAAAAUCUACAAGUGAUCAAGGUUUGGUAAAUUCUCAAAUUAAUGAAUUGAAAAUUGAUACAUAUAUUGAUGAUUCGAAAAAACAAUCUGCGUUUGAAACCGACGUUGGAAAUUCAAUAAUAGACGAAAAUGUUCAAUCUUCCAAUAGUACAAUAUUGGAAACGAAUUCUCUUGUUGGUAAAAUUAUAGAUCAAGAAUUAGAAAAAUCUAUAAGUCAUCAAGAUUUAGCCAAUUAUAAAAUUAACGAAUUGCAUAUCGAUACGGAUAUUGAUGAUUUGAAAAAUCUAUCGGAAAUAUUGGACCAUACAAAUUUAGUGCUUAAAAUUAGAAAAAUUAUUAACACGGAUGAUGAGGUAUUUAAAAGUUCUAUAAUAAAAGAUUUAGCUACAUAUUUUUUAAAUGAUGAUUUUCUAUACAAAGUAGAUGCAUUAUGGAAAACUACUGAAUCAGAACUUGUUGGAGAGUUAAUCAUAAAACUCCUUAAUAUGUUUAAUGACAUCAAAUAUAAUAUGGCACAAUUUACAGGUUGUUUAAUUUGCAUAUUUCGUGAAAUCGCUCAAAAGUCUUCCAUUCUCCCGUGUCAAUUGAAAUUAAAAUUGAUUGUGUUCCUUGAUGCUGUUAAAAAAUACAUCAAAUUUCAUGAUAAUGCAUUAUGGAGAACUUGGUUUUUACCUAGUAUGUUCUUCGAUUGGUGUUUUACUGUCGCUUCUAUUUUUAUGAAUACUAAAAAUGAAUUUAAAAUAGAUUUUAAUAAGUCAAUUUUAAGAAAUGCAACAGCGUACUAUAAAAUGGUUAGAAGGUGUGCAUAUCUAUUUAUUAAUCAAGAUUUGAAACCAAGUAAGUCACAUAAGAAGAGUGGUAUAUUUGAAUUGACUAGAAUUGAUGACCUCUUGGAAAUUGAUGAUAUACAUGCCACGAAUGAUCCAAAAGUAAUACCAAAUAUAUCUAUUGACAUACCUUUGAAUGAUCUUAAACGCAAAAAACUGAAAACGGAUGACACCCGUAUAGAUACUAUUAAUCAUACUACAUCAGGAAAUAUAGAGAAAGUGUGUCUUGCUCCAGUUGAUCCUAAAAUACCUAAAAUAAUAGUACGUCCUCAAUUUAAUUAUUCAAAUUCAUUCGUUAAUAAGUUAAAUUGGUUUAAUAAUAAUGUCAGUGACCUUAUGAAAAAAUUCAACGUAUCAACUUCUAAUGAAAGUAUUGAAAGUUCUAUUGUCCAAAAUAAUACUACAUAUGUUGAUAACAAUAAAGUACCAUCAUCUGUUAGUAAACGCCGAUGUGUAGUAACAAAUGAAAAUAAACCGACACAAAGUAAAAAAUCCAAAACACUAGAUGAAUCUCCACGCGUAUUUUUUACCAUUGCAAAUAAUCCUAAAGAAUUUGACAUAUCUUAUGGUUCAUCAGCAAUCGCUCAGAAGUCGAGAUCAUCAGCAGUCUCUAAGAAUGUAAGUUCAUCAUCAACAGUCCCUAAUAAUUUAAGUUCAUCAGCAGCAGUUCCUCAGAGUUUAGUGCCAUCAACAGUUUCUCAUAAUUUGAGUCCAUAUUACAAUCAUUAUUCUUCUAGUAAUACCAGUAGUCAACUUCCGGUAACUUCGCAAACAGUAGCCUCUCGAAGUUUAAGUGUAUAUUACAAUAAUAUCAAUUCCAAUAUUACGCAGGCUCCUAUUGGUUUGCCAUCACUUUCUAAUACUACACAAUCUUCAGAUGCGAAUACAAAUCCAUCACUUAAUAUAAACAGAACAUCUAUUAUUUAUCCACCUCAAUCAAAUAACCACCGAGCGAUUCACCAUCAGAGUUCAGCUGCAACGAAUUCACAGCGUCCAAAGGCAGCAACUACAUGGCCAUCAAACAAGUAUACCAAUAUGUGUAGUGAUCCUUCUUGCAGUAAAUCUAGUACUUACACUACUCAAUACACAAAUUCUGCUGCCUCGUCGUAUUCACAAUCGACAUAUAGUCAUAAUAUUCCAUCGGCAAUUUCACAUCCUCAAUAUUCAAAUGCGCUUACAUAUCCAACAACCUACACAAAUCCAUUACUUAGUGAUCUAUUAGCAAGCAACACAGCAGGAGUGGCAUCAAUGAACACCUAUAUGCAGCACCAAAGUUAUAAUUAUAGUAAUUCUUACUCAAGUCAGAAUAACUUGAAGACUCCCGAUCACAAUACUCAGGUUUCACCAGAUUUGCCUGAUGCUCGACUACCUAACAUGCCAAAUCACCUGGCUGCUGAUACUAUAAAUCAAAUGUGUAUGGCGGCCAACUGUACAAAUUUUUCCAGUUUUUCUUGUAAUACUUGUUUGGCUGCUUUUUAUUGCAGUAUACAAUGCCAAAAAUCUGAUUGGCAUUACCACCAAAACGAAUGUUGUGUUUCUUAUUAACUGGAUUGUAGGUUAUUUAAUCAAAAUUAUUAUGAUUAAUUUUUACAACAUUGUCAAUUAUAUCUACAUUAAUUUUUUUUUAUCAUAUUACCCUCAACUGCAUCUUCUUUUGUAAAUAAUUACAACUUAAUUUAUUUACAUGUAUGUAUUUAAUUUUAUUAUUUAAUUGGUUAAUACCUAUGACAUAUUGAUAUGAGAAUAAUUGUUAUUCUAUUAAUAAUUAUUAUUAUUGUGUAAUAGAUAAUAAUAUUAUUAUUUCAUUACAUAAUAGGAGUAAUUAUGCAUGACUUUUCUAUAGGACCAUAGUAUUAUUAUUUGUUUACUUACUGUUGUUUUACUUAUUUAAUUGAAAGGCUGACUAAACUUAAUAACAAUUUAACUGAGAUUUUUUUUAGUUUUUGUUUGUUACUCAACUUUCAUAUAGUUAUAAUGAUUAAAAGAAAAGUGUUUGAUAAGUUUUCCAGUCAGUAGGUACUAUUAAAACUUUUUUUUAUGCGUACAAAUUCAAUGCCGGAGUGGCUCCUAUAAAAUGUUACUGUUCUAUAUUAUUUUAGGGCUUAGGCUGUAAUAUUUUUAUUAGUAGAACAUAUUCUUGACACUGGUUUUUUUGGAAUUUCUUAUAUAAAAAAUAUUAAUUUCAUUUGAUUUUAGCUUUGAACAAUCUACCAGUUUAACUGUGUAUAAUUUUUCAAACAAAUAACAAAUACAAUUUUUAGCAUGUUCUUUUAUUAAAUAUAAAAUAAAACUUGUCCUUAAAAAACCGUUUGUUACAUAAACGCUUAAUAAAUAAUAAUUAUUAAAAUAACAAUUUACCCAGUUCAUUUUUAUUAAUCAUUAUCUAGUUCCGUCAAAAUGUAUUUUUCUGUAGACAUUAACAUAAAUGCCUCUAGACCAUUAGUCAUUGAGUCUUACGAUCUAUUUUUUUUUAGAUAUUUAAGAGUAGAAAACAAUCUACGCAACAAUCUCCUUUUAUCAUGUACUAAUUUUGACUCAAAAUGAAAAUACUUACAAUGACCAUAAUAUGACUUAUAUGAUCAAUGGUCACAAUAUUAGUUACAAACAAUUAAUGAGGAACCUAAUUAGUUUAAUCAAUAUUCCUCAAUCAUUUUGGGGGCUUUGUUUUUGAACUAGUUAACAGACCAUUGCAGGGGCAUUAAAUGAUAACUUUGAAUUAGAUAUUACAUAAUGAAACUUAAAAUGUAAAAAAGAAUAGUGGUUAUUUUCCAAAACUCGUUAAUGCCAAAAUCAAAUUAUUGAGGAAACACAUUUUUUUGUUCUAAGAUCUAUAGAAGGUAUAUUGCACACGACUCCUAACUACUAGAUCAUAACAGUUUAAACCAGAAUGAGCCCUCCAAAAAUGUACAUUAGUUCUUAUGGGAGGUGUGGUAUUUUGGGCUAAAGCGCCAGUGUUAACAAAAAGUUCAAAAAAAAUUAUGUAUAGUAUUUUGUGCUAAGGUUAGCGUAAAUAAAAUAUACAAAAAAAACCACGAUUAUCACACUUAAAAACUGUAGAUCAAAGUGGCUGUAUGCAACAUAAAUCAGUAGAUUUGUUUGCAUAGCUAUUGGCUAUAUUGAUGGCAUUUAGGCUUUUAUCACAAUUUUUGAAACGCGCCUAUUUUGUGACUUGAGUAUAUUAUUGUAUGCCGCAUGGGAAAACACAAAUAGUUAUUGCAUGUCCUCUCAUGUGAUGUUAAUUUAAACUUCUAUAUAACUAUAUCUAACGAUGUUUAUCAGCACCGUUUAAGAUAUACAGUUAAACAUCAUUGGCCUAUGAUAUAAUAUAUUUUCAUGACCGUCAAACUGAGUAGCCAAAACAGCUAUGGAAAUACAGAAUGGCGCCAUCUAGCAGUACUUUUGUGGAAACUGAUCAAUUCAAAACGUAUUUUUGUCGUAUGACAUAAGCUUAUGUAUAACCACGAUUAAAGAUAGUAUGGUUGCCCAACGAACUAUGAUAAGAAACAAUUUAAUGAUGCUCUCAGUUUCUUUUAUUAUCAAUGAUACUCUAGAAACUUUUACUAGCGCUCAUAGAGUAAAAAUUAAGUACUAGGCAUUCAAUUAUAUGAUUCAAUAUUUAAACGCUUGGAGCGCCAAUGCUCGGUUCUGCUAGUCGUUGUGAUAACAAGGAAACUCGGAGAAUCACUUUAUUAUGGUUCGUUGUGCAACCAUACUAUCUUUAAUCGUGUGUAUAAGUUAUACAGUAUAACUAAAUAUCAUACCGGUUUAACACAUUAUAUCGCUAAAUUGCGCCAGUCAGUAAUUCCAUAGCUGUUAUAGCAAUUCAGUUGGACGGUCUCCAUUUCACAAUUCGUUGUUUAACCAGUAAAAUAUCUUAAAUUAUGUUUAUCAGACAUGCAUAUGAAAACAAUUUUUAGAUACGACAACACUUCCCCUAAAAUAAAAAACAAAUUCAUCCCACCACUUGGUUAAUAAAUAAUACUUUGUUAAAUAACAUUUUUAAUGUUUUAUAAAAUAUAAACUUAUUUUAAAUGGUGCGCUUCGAAAAAUUGCUAUAUUUAUAACCUGUUCUAAUUACAUGGGCAUAAAUCUGUUUGGAACCAUAGCAAUAGCAGGCAGUGGCAUAGCCAGGAUUAUGAAAUUGGGGGGGGGGGGGGGUUAAGUAUAGAUUAAAACCAAGUUUUUAAAGUUUUCGUAUAUAAAUAAAUUUAGGGUUCAGGACUUGACUUGUGCACCAAAAAUUAUCGAAAUAAGCAGACAAAAUUCUCAAAAUAUGCUUAAAUAUAUGUACUAUGUAGCAACAUUUUUAUAUUAUUUUUGAAAAAUCAUAAAAUAUAUUGCAAUUUAGGUAAUAAAAAACUAAAAAAUAAGUAGGUUUAUAAACCUGACAAAUAAAUAAAUAAAUAACAUAAUGAUACCAUUAGAUUGGCCGCUUAGCAAAGAAGAAUCAAUGUAAAAGUUAAUUUUGUUAAAAAUAGAAUUAAUGAGUUUUAGAAAAGACCCCCUAUUAUUAAUGAAGUUAAGGAAUUUUAAGUACAUACUUAGCAUAGAUUAAAGAUAUUAUAGAUAAGCAUUGUAAAAUUAUUAACGAAUGCCUUGUAAAUCAGCAUUGUUUGCUAAUAAUAUGUUAAGGUAAAUUAUAAUAAUUGUAGUAUUUAAAAUUUAUUUUAUUUUUGUUUAAAAUCAAGAUAUUUAUUUAAAUUGAUUAUACUUAAGUACCUAAGUAUAAAUUACUUAUAGCAAGACCGUAAUUAGAGCGGGAUUUAUUUCAGCAUUAAAUAUAUUUGGGUUGUACCUAAAUAAUAUAUUAUUAUUUGAAAUUAAUUAUUUUUCAUUUGUCCUCAUAAAAAUCUCUAAAUACGGUCUUGUUUGAAAAGCGGAUGCUUUCAUUUUGACGAGAUUCAAAAUAUAUACAUUUUAUAUUUAAUAAAGAUUAUUGUUAAUUAA